AUGGAAUCACAAGGCUUCGACGAUCAAAUUUUCGGUGAAUUUUCCGGACCUCUGAGUCCCAUGGGAGCAAAAGCCAUCAUCGCGCAUCCUCAUGCCACGCUUUCUUCGCAUCACACGGGCCAUCAUCACACAACGCAAGGUCACAGUAUCCAAGUAAUGCUCGGAAUGUCGCACGAUCAGCAACAGCAGCAACACCAACAGCGUCUUCCUGAAGUUCACACGUUGCUUCCGGGAUCCCCAAAGCUCGAUCAUUACAAAACUCUGAGCUACGAUUCACGUGACUACCAACCGAACGGGCAAUAUUCGCCUCAAACGCUCAACAAAUCGGAUUAUUCGCCGCAACGGAUCGAGUACACGAACGACGGCAGCGGCAUGCAACAAGUUUUCCAUCAACCAUCGCAGCAACAAAUGAUGCAAGCAGCUGGAAAUUCCCCGAAUAACAUGAGAAAAAUGGAAAAAUUAGACGCAUCGGGGGCAAGUACGCCAAAUACGACGGCAUCAAGUACCUCGAGCAAUGAUGCAGCGGCAACUUCAACGACGAACGGGAAGAGUAAGGGAAGCGAUAAUAAGGGAAAGGGUAAAACUGAUAGUAAUGGCGUGAAGAAGAAGAAGACGAGAACGACAUUUACGGCGUAUCAAUUGGAAGAAUUAGAAAGAGCUUUUGAACGUGCUCCAUAUCCAGAUGUCUUUGCACGUGAAGAAUUAGCUUUAAAACUGAACUUGAGUGAGUCGCGAGUGCAAGUGUGGUUUCAGAAUCGUCGUGCAAAAUGGCGCAAACGUGAACCGCCGCGAAAAACGGGCUACAUCAGCACCGCCAACAAUCCUUCGCAACAACAACAACUUGGCGCACCGACAGCAUCUUUUCCGCAAUUCGCUCCGCAAGCAACGACUGUAUCGCCCAACGGCACUGUCGAAGCAUGGACUUACAAUCAACCGACGGCGUACGAACUUACUCCACAUUUUAACAUAAUUUCGCCCGCAACGAGUCCUUAUGGCACCUUCAGUGGGCAAUACGGUUCCUUCGAGUCGCCGCUAUUUCCGACAGUGACAACGGGCACGCGACACCAAUACGAGUACAGCAGCAGUCCGGGCCGCGAAGUGCAACAAGGCGUCGAGCAUCUUAAAGUUAGUGAGUACACGACAAUGGAUCCGCAUCAUUGCAACGGCGAAAGUAACAACAGUGACAACAAAUACGAAGUUGACUCAAAAUACGUGCAUCUGGAUGAACCCAAGUACACAAGUUGCCAUCUCGAGGACCAAGCGAUGAAAUAUCACACGGGAAGUCACACGGAAGAAGGCGACACAAUGGGCGUCAUUAAAUCCGAAGAGAGUCAUAGUUAUGUGUUACCGCCGUUCAUGCAUUAAAUAAUUAUUAGUUUGUAAGUUUAAGAAGUUUUUUUUUUGUAAAUAUGAAUCGUGAAUUCGAGCAAAGUGCCUUCUAGUGCCUUAUUUAUUAGAAGUUUUUAGUUGUAAGGAAGGAAAACCAAAAAAUAAGGAAACUUUGAAAUUCCAAAGUUACUUUUCUUGUACAAAAUGACAAUUGCACCAAAGUAUGCCUUA